GGAUGCCUGCCAGCUGCCAAAACCUACUGCUGAUAACAGACUUUGAUGUAGGCAUUAUCCCAGUAAGUAAGAGGUAUGUGGUGAAAUUGUGAGGGUAAACGAUAAAAAGGCAAACUAUUAUUUGUAGGUCUCUGAGUAUAAUUCUAACCCUUAGAGAUCCUGGCUGCAAUUAUCACACCGUUCCAUUCAGUUGGAGGAUGGGCUUUAAACAGAGAGUAUGGCUCAGUGCCAGCACAUUGCCUUCCCCCAAGAAGAUAUUAGGUGAAGUGAAAGCAGAGUGCUGAUUGGAAGCUCUAAUAAUGAAGGCAAAGCUCAGAUAAUUGGGAACAUAUGGCCAAAAAAAAAGUCAUUGGAAAGAUCCUAAUGUUUGGGGAAAUCGAAGGCAAUUAAAGAGGAGAGCAAUUUAGUAAAUCAUAGUUUGCAAUUGAAAACUUACAGGUCCACUGAAUCCGCUAAAACCAACCCAAUACAGACAGAUUAGGACUUAAUGCACCAUGGAACUCAGCCAGUGGCAGAGCUCACCUAACACAGCUGCGUUUUCACUGUGCGCCAAACUUGGUUUGGUUUAACUUUGGCUCUGGGAUUUAGCCUUUUCUUCGAACCUUGAUCCGCUUAGUUAACUCAUGGAUCCGUAGAUUUCGGGGACCAGGGAAAGGCGUUCAAUCAAGUCGUCCGAAUCAGGUCAGUCAAGUUGCUGAUAACGGACCACGUCGUGAGGACGCGACCGCUCACGUGUUCUUUCCAAACACGCUUCCAUUUAUCCCGCCGCUGGGACUCUCACCAUCGCCUCCCGAUCCGACCCCUCCGCUCGUCCACUUGUUCGACAGAGAAGCGCAUUGGUGGCCUUUUGUGUUGCGCGCUGGCCACCCUCACUUCCCCCGGGCGCUCCGGACCGGAUCGGGGUCCUUGCUGGGGGGGGGGUGGGCAUGGGGAGACUGCUGUGCCCGUCUGGGAGGGAGGCGGAGCGGAGCCGGGGCGCUGCAGGUGGGAGAGCCCUGUCGCCGCUGCAGAAGCUCCCGAAGGUCGAUCCCUUGUGGGGACGAUUCCAUGCUCCGAUGAGUCGCGCGCAUGCAUGGAAAUAAGAGUAAAAAUGAUGAUGAUGAUGAUGAUGAUAGGCAGCUGCUUCGUUUUAACAGUCCUGUCCAGGAAAGAAUUCCUUUUCCCCUUCCGAUGCCUGAAGCCGCGCACUCUGCCCUCUCCGCAGCCGGGGAUCAGCGGCGUCUUUGAAAGCUGGGACGGGGCUCCUUCCCCGGGGACGCGUAGCCAGCUGGGCGUGCCGGCCCUGCCUCUCCUCCGCUUCGCCUCGUUCCUGCUGUUCCGCCGUCGCCACGCGGGUAGAAGGAAAAAAGUUGGUCGUGGAAGUGGGCCAGCAUAUCUCAAGUUCUGUUUCCUGCCACCAUCAGAGCACUGCUUCCUUCUUCUCAGAUAUGAGGAGCAGCUGAUGUAGUCCUUUCAGAUCAUCAAACACUGACUGAAUGCAUAACAAAGGCAACUUACAGCUCAUCAUGGAUUAUGACAACAACACAGAAACUGAUGAUUCAUAUUUGUUCCCUGCACCUCUCCUCACAGGUGUCACUGUGACUUGUUUGUUCUUCUUCAUGAUUGGAAUUUCAGGAAACAUGACGACGAUGCUGGUGGUCUUCAAGUUCCGGGAUAUGAGGACAACCACCAACUUGUACCUCUCCAGCAUGGCUUUCUCAGAUUUCUUGAUCUUCCUUUGCAUGCCCCUAGACCUCUUCCGCCUCUGGCAGUAUCGGCCCUGGAAUUUUGGGGAUCUUCUCUGCAAGCUCUUCCAAUUUGUUAGCGAGUGUUGUACCUACUCAACCAUACUCAGCAUCACAGCCCUGAGCGCGGAGAGAUAUUUUGCUGUCUGCUUUCCACUCAGAGCCAAGGCGGUGAUCACCAAGAGCAAAGUCAAGCUCCUUAUCCUUGUGCUCUGGGUGAUAUCUUUUGUCAGUGCUGGGCCCAUCUUCGUUCUGGUUGGAGUUGAGCACGAGAAUGGGACAAAUCCUUUGGAUACCAAUGAAUGUCGUAUCACAGAGUAUGCCAUUCAUUCAGGGUUGCUGACCAUUAUGGUUUGGACCUCUAGUGUCUUCUUUUUCCUGCCGGUUUUUUGCUUGACAGUUCUCUACAGCCUCAUUGUGAGAAAGCUUUGGAAGCGAAAGAAGAAAAACAUUGGGCCAAAAGCCUCCAUCAGGGACAAGUACAACAGACAAACAAUAAAAAUGCUAGCGGUGGUGGUUUUGGCUUUUGUCCUCUGCUGGCUGCCCUUCUACCUAGGACGUUAUCUCUUUUCCAAAUCCUUCGAGGUUGAAUCCCUGGAUAUUGCCGUUAUCAGCCAAUACUGCAAUGUAGUCUCCUUCGUUCUCUUCUACCUAAGUGCUGCCAUCAACCCAAUCCUGUACAACAUCAUGUCGAAGAAAUACCGAAAAGCAGCUUACAGGCUCUUUGGAAGGAAGCCACCGAGGAAGAAAAAGGUUUUGGUGAUGAAGGAGAGAAGAUGCCAGACCUGGACAGAGCCCAGAGUCAGAGCAAUGUGACCGCAGAGGUUGGACUGAGGUGUCACGUAAAGCCACUAGAGAAGGGGAAAGGUGUUCAGGUUGGCUAAAAAAAAGUAUUUCCUUCUUUCCAUGAUUGGGAGGGCUUGCAAUUGAAAACUCAGGUAUGGUAAUGAAAAGGAGUAAAAAAAAAAUGGAGAGCUGUGAGAAAUAUUAUGACAGAUGUUCUGUGUAAAUAUAUUCAUCAGCAGUGGAUGAAACAGCUAUCCUUUUGAAUCAUUUCCAGUGCCUAUGAUUCUAUGCAUAAAGAUGGAAAUUGAGGUGUCUUAUGUCUAUAAAGCACAAAUGUGAACUAACAGAGCCUGUCUUUAUGCUAUGCAGCCCAGCAUGGGGAGGAACUAGCUGUGAUGCAGAAACUCAUUGAAAAGGUUUCCCCGUCAGGUGGGAUCUUUAUGUAUUUUGUAUUGGGUAAAGGAAGGAAUGUCAUCAAAAGCAAGGAAACUUCCCUUUCCUAUGUAAGCAAAAAGACCUUGAUAGAGGCCAGAAAAGAUGGUUUCCUUCAUCCCUAUGGAACAGUAUGCACAAGCCUGCUAUGGGUUGCUUGCCACCUCAUCAGUGGGACAAUCAAGUUGUAGUAGAUCAGGAACCUUUCUGCAAAAGGGGUCCAGAGACAGGAAUGUGGUGGUCCUGGAGAUAGAGAGACCCAGUAGAAGGUAUCCUUUUCUGGUCAAUAUCUGUCAGUUAGAAGACAUGUAACAUGGCAUACAGAGAAAGUAGUGCCCUAAGGAGCAGCUGUGCCAAUCAAUAGGUGAUUGAGCUCUGGCCACAUCUGGUCAACUGUAAUUCAAACCUAAGAUGCCCAGAAUGGAAGUGGUAGGGGACUUUGACAGACAUUAAAAAAACCUUUCUGCCUUGUUUUGAAAAUGCCAAAACACAGCUUUGCACAUAUCAAUUAUCAGAGGGACAUUGAGAAAUUCAAAUGAUGGUUGACGUACAACUUUCAUUUUGUAGCAAGCAUAUACUCAUCUAUUUUACAUACAACUGCUGGAAUGCUCUUCUUUAGAGAGCUUCUGCCUUCAAGUCUAACAUAGGAAGAGAAUACUAAAUCUAUUUUUUAAAAAAGUAGCACCAGAGAGAAUGCUAGCUCAUUUGCAUUCUUAAAAAAAAAGUGAAUGGUAGAUGGUACAUUUAAUUAUGUGUCCCAGGAUAAUGUUGCAGGAUCCAAUCUGGGCUAGUCACCAGGACCAGAGGUUUAGUCUUCCAAGC